AUGGCUCUCGAGCCCAAGUCGCCGUCCAUGCACAACCGCUUGAUGGGGACUCGGAUCCCCCACCCUCCAUCCACCCAUUUUCAUGAUGGCGAAGAGUUCCCCGCCCCGCCUGCGAAGCGACGAAAAGCUGUCGUAUACGACGGGACCGCCAGCCCGACGCGCGAUUCCCCUCGAAAGUCCGCCCCGAGGAGGAGGGUCAAGGAAGAGAUUCCAGACUCGGAAGAAGAGGGGGAAGAAGACGAUCUCCAUGGACGUGCAGAUCGGAUCUCUGAUCCUCCCCGGGCGACACAGUUGGAGGCCACUCUACCUCCCGUGACGACGGAUGAAGAAGCCAUAGAGGCUUAUGAGGCUUACAAGGCAAGUGAAUACACGCAGCAUAAUGACCAAGAUGGUCGCCGAGAUGCAGAAAGGACGUUGUCAAGGCUGGAAUCGCGCUCUUGGAUCAGAGGACGCAGCUCCAUCUACGUGGAUGCCUUCAACCUCGCUCUGGACACGGUGCUGGACGAGGAAGAGCAUCUUUUCAACGAAGCCGAGUUGGCUCUCUUUGGUAUAUGGAGGGAACUCAGCUACGAGGCGCAAUACCUCUACGUACGCCUGUUCCUUCGUAAGACAAGUAAAUGGUUCCGAGUCAGAGAUCUGCAGUACUACAGCGACGUUGCGGACAUGGAGGCUGCCGUCGCGGAGUUGCAGAACGAGAGAUCCCUCCCUGCCGUGAACGAGGCGCCUGGUGUCCAUGCGGGUGAACUGGAACCCCCGGAAGGCACGAUAUUGGGUAAGACGUUUACUUUUGCAGAAUGUUCGUCAGAACACAUUAAAACACUGGAUGAGGCCAGCAGCCUCUUGCUUUUGGACGAAUUGAAGACCCUCGCAAAAGAAGCAAAGGUUCACGGCAAGAACAAACGAGAACUUUUGCAGAAUUUCCGGCGUACCAGCGGCAGGCAGGCUGGCCUGGGUUUCAGAGAACUUAGACGUUCGGAAACGCAGGAAUCGGGUAGUGCCAUGUCUGAGGACAAUCACUCUAUCUAUGACGAAGAAGAUGGAGAGGAAAGCAGUGGACCCAGCACACCGAACGCUUCGAGCACCAAUCGAGACGCUCACUUUACGAAGAAGAUACUCGAUCGGACGGGACGUUGCAUCCGACUCUCCCUGACUCCGUUGAAGCUUUUCGAACGGGUCCACCUUGUCUUCUACCGUAGCACAGAAUGGACGGAGAAGAGCCUGACGACCUUGAUCCUGGCCAAGAUAUCUCGUCGCAACUUCCCAGAGUACAUCGUUAGCCGGUCGACCACCAUUUUUGAGUCCCGUGCUCUCCUCCUCGAAUUCGAGGCUAGUCUGCGCACACAGUUCCGGGUAGACAACAUCCUAGAGUUCAACGGCACCCCGGGCCGGAAAGCUCUGGAGGAAGUGAAAGAGAUCUUUCAGGCGGUGUAUCCGCAGUGGAAAGCCUUGCUGGCAGAAGAACAGAGGAAGGAAGACCGCGUCUAUGAGAGUGGAGAGGGUGCAUAUCUGCGUCGUUUCAGCCCAGCAUGGGUAUACACGCGUAUCGUGCAUAAGGCACUUCACCCUCUUGCCCGAUUCAAAGAGCAUCUUCGUGAGCACGGACUCUUGAACGAGCUAUUGGAUCAACGACUUUUUCACGCGUCGAGAAGGGGUGCAUGGUACCAACGCAGAGCGCUGUUGGAAGAACACUACAUGCACGCUCUCACGCCUGACGAAGGUCGAUCUGUCGAGGCAAACAAGAAGCACUGGAAGCGCAUCGCUUUGAAAACUUGUGAGCUGGGACUUCAAGAUAAAGAGUGCCACAUCAUCUACCACUAUGACCUGCAAAAGCGGGUUAAGAAACUGGAAAAGCAGUUACGCGUGCCACUUCGGGAACAGCAUGAUUUUGGGCAUGUGAAGCUUGGAAAAGCUGUGGAGAGGGAUGUCGUGGGCAUCAAAAUCGAGCACGGCCGCGAGGAAACACCAUCACGGAAUCUCACCUUCAGCCGGAAGAACAGCGUCAACGCGGCAGCCACGGACAGCGACCUAUCGACGAACAACACCACCACCACCACCACCACCACCACCACCACCAGGCGUAUCUCGCUUCCCAACCAACCAAGCAAUCCAAUGCUUGGUAGCAAGACAGUCUGGCUUGACCACUUGGACACAAACCUGUCUGUCUCCGUCGAAUCCAUGUGUCUCUCCCACUAUCGCCACGUAUUAGGCUACAAGGGCUACCACUCGGAAGGCGGCAUCCUCCGAACCAUCUUCGGGUUGCUGUUCUACGACAUCCUCUUCUUCAACCCGUACAUCCCCAACGUCUUUCAGACGGCGUACCAGACCUGUCCGCUCGAUCUCCACACGGACAGUUUCUUCUCCGCCCGCAUGCCGGAGAUCCUGGGGAGGAUCAACCAGAUCUCCAACGGCGAGGCCGUCGAGAUUGCCGAGAGGGUGUGGGACCAAGAGUAUGAGAGACGGACGUGCAUCGUCGGCGUGAGGUGGGAUGAGUUUGAAAAGGCCGACCUCCUCGAGUUGCUGGGUUGUUGGGACGGUCAGGCUUUGGGGACGGUCAUGCUCGUCAUGGCGCAGGAAUAUCAAAGCCGGGGCGGCGGCGUGCCGGAUCUCGUGCUUUGGAAGGUCCACAACCACCUGGAGGGUGAUCAGGGCCGCAGUGGCAAUGACGGCCAUGACCACGCUCAAGCUCAAGCACACCCCCAGGAUAACAGACAAGCCAAAGGAGAAAUCCUCUUCGCCGAAGUCAAGUCCGCAAACGACCGACUCAGCGACACGCAGCGCCUGUGGAUCAGCGUCCUGCUCUCCGCGGGCGUGAAAGUCGAGCUGUGCCACGCUGUUGCUUGCCGCGGGGACGAGAUCUAG